AUGGUUAGAAAGACAACAGCUAAAAGGACACAAGCACCUAUUCCACCACCAUCACCACAACAACAGGUCGAGGAACCUAGUCAUAUCGAAGAUCAUGAAAAUGAUGAAAUGGAACAAGACGGCGAUGGAACGAUCGUAGUAACAUCAUUACAAUCUAAAUUUGAUCACAUUCUACACAAGAAUGCCGAUCAAAAUGCUAAAGAAAAUCAACAAAACAACAAAGAAAAUAUACUCCGAAAUCUAUUACAUGCAUUAAAUGGAGGUUCAUCAUCUCAAUCUUCUUCAUCUUCAUCAUCAUCUUUAUCAUACAAUCCAUCUUUAUCAUCAAAUACAGAUUAUAAAAAAAAGUAUCUUGAAACAAAAGAAAAAUUAAAUCAAAUUAAAAAGAUGAGAUUUACAGAUACAGAGAAUCUAUUUGAAGAUUUUAAAAUUGCUGCUGAAAAAAGAGAUACUGAUUCAAAGAAAUAUAUAACACAAUUAAAAUUACAAGUUGAUGUGCUGCAAGGAAAGAAUAAAUUAUUGGGAGAGGCAUUCCAACAAAAAUUCAAUUGUGACUAUGAAGAGUACCAAACCAAGAUUACCAAGGACAAAGAGAUGGAAGCCAACUUUAAGAUUGAACAAGUAAAGGAGGUAUGGGGUGCCAAGGUCGUAGAGUUGGACAAGGUGAUUGAAGAGACUAAAAAGGAGCGUGAUGGUCUCAUUGAACGUGUCAAGCAGUUGGAGGGCCAAGUCAAAGAGGUCAAACAACACGAAGCCGAUGUAUUGUCUGAAGCCAAUAAACAAUACAGUGUGUUGGCAGGUGAAAUGGAGAAACAACGUUCAGAGUUUGAAUUGGUGGCUCAUUCCAACACAUCAGAGGCUCAAAAUAGAUUGGUAGAGUCUCAAAACAUCAUUGCCAAGUUGCAAGAGGACAAUGGUCUCUUGUCACAACGUAUUCAAGAGUCGAUUAGAGAAAACCACGACAGAGAGAAUGGAUUUGAAGUGUUGAAAAGAAAAUUGGUCGAUGAUUGGUUGGCAUCAGAGAAACUCAAAGAACAGGAAUUUGAAAGAAAGGUUGGCGAGAUGAAGGCUACCUAUGAAAAACAAGUCUCUCACAUGUUUGAGGAAAGCAAACGUAAAUACCAAGAAGAGUUUGAAUUGGUAGAGAGAAAGGCAAAGUCUAUUGGCGACGAUCUAAUCGAUAGAAAGAAUGCUGAAAUAUCAGACAUUGAAAAGAAAUUAAAUGAUCAAUUGGAUGAAGUAGAGGAAAAGAGAAUCAAAGAAAAUCAAGAAGCAAUUAAAACUCAAAAGAUUCUAAAUGAUAAAUUACAAAAAUUAAAAUCAGAAAAUGAUAAUUUCUCUAAAAAAGUUCAUUCAGAUUCAAAGGAAAUUGAUCUUUAUCGUGUUUUGACUUGUAUUGAAGCAUCUCAUAUUAAAGAUUCUAAAUUUGAGAUUUCUCUUAAACAUCCAAAUCCAAAAUAUUCAGAUAGAUCAAUUAUUGGUGAAUUAGUAUUAAAGAGUGAGGAAGAAGUUUCAUUUACUCCAAUUCAAUAUAAUGGUAUUCCAAAGGUUGAUGAAGCAUUAUCGACUAUUAUUGAUUUCCAUCCAUAUGCAUCAUCUGCAUUUUCUAUUAAAUUAAUUGAAACUCUUUUCCAAGGAACUGAUGAAUAA